UCGAAGCAGCUUUUGAACUUGGCAACAGCUAAUUUCACAACUUGCUGUUAUCAGUUCAACCAAAACUAAUACUAUGAUGCAACUUUAGACUGAUAUGCAUUUUGUAAAUAGACAUGUCAGCACGAUAUUCUAACAGAACACGUAAAUAUCAUUUAUAAAACAUCUCAAUUUGUUGAUAGUUUGAAUACGUCACGGACGUUUAACAGCGACAACAUUAUCGAUGUAACCUUUCGUUGUUAGGAAAAGUGUGUUGUUUUGUCUCUUUUAAUAAUGCAAUCUCUAAUGGUCAUUCCUAAAACAAAGAAGUUUGAGUUAGUGCAAAGGUCAAUCCCAAAAGUUUCCGGACCAGACCACGUUUUGAUAAAGGUUGCCUAUGCUGGGUUCUACGAAAGUGACCUACAAUUGCUUGAGAAAUCUACUGACGAGCAGAAACUUAUGUCCUUUCGACAUGAAAUAACUGGUAUUAUUGUGGACAUAGGAAACCAUGUAACACUUUUUAAAAAAGGCGACGAGGUUGUUGUAGGCCCAAAUGCAGGAUGUGGAUGCUGUAAUUUUUGUCGGUCGGGUAAACCGCAUUUUUGCUCAAUGGAAAAUGACAGUACUAUCGGUAUUUGGGCAACUUUUAUCGUUGCACCAGUUAACAGAAUUCAUAAAGUGCCUGAAAAUGUUUCUUUACAACAAGUGAUAUUGGCAAAACAUUUGUCGCAUUUGGUGAAUGGUUGGGACAUCGCAGGUCCUAUCACAAUUAGUAUGAACAUUCUUAUAACUGGAGCUGGAAUCUUAGGAACUCUUUGGGCGUGUAUGCUUCACCACCAAGGUUACAGAAACGUCACAAUAUCGGACGAUAAUCAGAAAAAACUGAAUGUUCUGAGGAAAAUGAAUACUGGAUUCAGCUUAAUCACAUGGGACAAGCUGAAAGAGAACCAGAAAACCACGCCAAAUAAUUACUUUGACCUAGUGAUAGAAUCUUCUGGAGAUCCUUCAGUUAUGGAACUUGCACUAAGUCUAUUGCAAAAAGGCGGGAAACUGUGCUGUUGUCAAAUGGCUUCGCCAAAUGUUGAAUGUUGCAUGCACCCUUUCGAAGUUUUUAUGAGAGAGCUAAGCAUAUUUGGUGUACAUGAAAACUGCUUCUCAUUCCAAAUGGCUAUCAAGUUGAUAGGAGCAAUGGAAAACAGGUAUUUGAAUUAUGACAGCUUAAAAAUAAAAAUAUUCCCUUUGAAGCAAUAUCAAGAAGCUGUAGAGGCUAUCAAACGAGGGACUGUAUCAAAAGUUGUAUUUAGUUUGGAUUAAGUGACGACUUUUUCAUAUUGUUAAAAUCGAGCGGCUUUGUGUUUUUUCAGGUAGGGUAUUUUUGAAAAAGGUGAAGGUAAGGUCUACACUAACGUUGAACCAGGAGUUCAAUGGCAACCUUGAAGUAUCACUUUCAUGGUCAAGUUGUUUCUUCUUUUAAUGGAAAGUCCCCUUUUCUGAGGUCACUUCUAGAGGUCUAAUGAGAAGCGGGCAGGUCUAGUAUACCUACGGACGGCUUGGUUACUGAAGAGUGCUCUGGUACCGGGGUCUUUGGGGGAUGGCUAAGGAUUCCAUGUUUGAGCGCUGCUGGUUAGAGGAAGAGUCCUCCACGCAUUUUCUGUAUCGCUGUGAGCUACUACUAUUAGCAAACAUACUUUACCUAUAAUGAAAUUUGACGAUGAGGGACAAAUGUAGAAAUAAUAGCAGAUUGAAUGAAUACCUAUUUCAUAGAACGUGCCAACGAAAUUGUAAGAUCAAUUAUUGACGGGGACCCCAACCAAUGUUCCAUCAGCUCAGAUUAUAGUGCAUCAUUCAGUGAGCUUAGAACAAUAAACAUUAAUCGUCUCAAGAGGUUAUAUCAAAAAUAAAUUAAAUCAAAUCAAAAUAAGGGUGAGAUUUUGUCUAAAAGUGGGCUUAAUGAAUGUUUUGAUAUUAUUGGAGCAACAAAACUUAAGUCUUCUACCACAACUCCUGUUUCUGAAGUUAAGAAAUCUGAAUUGUACACCAAUAUGCGGCCAAUAAAAUGUUCUGCCAGAUUUGAAAAGUCUUUGAAGAAAGUACUUACGAACAUUGAGGGAAAUAACAUUUUAACCAACUUUCAAGCUGGAUUCAGGAAGAAACACUCAACUGAAACGGCAACACAAAUGGUUUUAGAGGACUGGAGGAGAUGUAUGGACGAUAGGAAACAUACAGUAACAGUGUUUUUGGACUUCAAAAUGGCGUUUGAGACUAUUGACAGGGAUCAAUUGCUUACAAAAUUGCAUCACUACGGAUUUAAAGGAACUGAAUUCAAAAUUCUACAAAACUAUUUAAUUGACAGAAGUCAAAAAACCAAAAUUGGAUCUACGUUAUCAAGAUCAAAAAAUAUUUCUGUUGGUAUACCACAAGGUAGUAAACUAGGCCCACUACUAUUUAUUUUAUACAUUAUUGACAUUUGCAAUAUUUGAGAUUAUUGUAAAAUUCAGAUAUAUGCAGAUGAUACAUUAAUGACGUAUCAGAUGAAAAUAGACACUGCUUAAGAAAUGCUAAACUCUGACUUGGCAAAAAUCAUAUAAAUUGGUUAAAUUUGAAUAGACUAAAAUUGAAUACUUCUAAAACAAACUGUAUGCUAAUAGAGAAAUACCUAAAUGCAACUACUAUCACAGUUAGGAUAAAUGGUGAAAUAAUCGAAAAUGUUGAAUCAAUUAAAUAUUUAGGUAUAUAUAUAUAUAUAUAUACAGGUGUAAAGCUAGUAGUGGAUCAACCAAGUCAGGUGAUAGAGGGACUCAAAACCUAUCGAAUGAACCCCUAUAUGUCUGGAUCGUCACUUUAUUGCGCGAUGUGGUUGCACGACGUCGUUCGCUUUGUCGUGAUGCUCGUUGCAAUGUUGUUCGUCAAAAUGCGCGCGCUGCGGUUCGUCGCGAGUUUCGGUUCGCAGUGUUAUUACAUAACUGUACAUGGCUUAAGAAACGCAAUAGAAUUCUUAUCACCUACACCCGCUCUUUAUGGCGAUUUACCGACAAAUGUAGAAGGUAAUUUAAAUUAACUAACUUUUAGAGAACAUGUUCGAAAUGGCUUCCAUUAUUUUCUAUACACAAGCUACACCUUCUAAUAAAAUUGUCCUUUAGUCUUUGAAAUGAAUUUGCAUUUUCCAUAAUUUUUAUUUUUGCUUCAUCAAUUUUCUGGCGCAGUUGGUUCACAUUUGUAUAUUCAGAUGUAUAGAUUAUCCCCUUAUAAAGCCUCCAUAUAAAAAAAUCUAGAGGAUUUAAAUCGGGUGACCUUGGAGGCCGUCGUAUGUGUCCACCUUCACCUAUCCAACGUCCAGGAAAGGCACUGUCUACGUAAUGCCGUACAUCCCAUGCAAAGUGGCAUGGGGCACCAUCGCAUUGAAAAUACAUGCGGCUUCAAACGUCCAAAUGUAUGUACGUCCUCUAGCAGCUCAUGCAAACUGCUUUGUAGAAAAGCAAGAUAUGACUGACCAUUUAACUUGGCGAGCAAUUCAUAUGUCCAGUUAAUUUUUUGUUGAGUACUCCAGCCCAUAAAUUAACGCCGAACUGACGUUGAAAGCUGUGUCGGCGAAUAGCGUGUGGAUUUUCCACGCUCCAUGAUUGGAAAUUGUGCAUGUUGAAUAUUCUAUUUCGGUUAAAGUUGGAUUUAUCUGUCCAUUAUAUGCUGUCGAAAAAAGUUUCAUCCUCUUCGCACCUUCUCAACAUAUUCUCUCAACAUUCAACCCGUUGUGCAUAGCCACUUGGAAGCAAUUCUUGUUCUUUUUGUACAUGGUAAGGAGGCAUGUUCUCCAUCCCAUAAAUUAACGCCGAUCUGACGUUGAAAGCUGUGUCGGCGAAUAUCGUGUGGAUUUUCCACGCUCCAUGACUGGAAAUUGUGCAUGUUGAAUAUUCCAUUUCGGUUAACGUUAGAUUUAUCUGUCCAUUAGAUGCUGUCGAAAAAAGUUUCAUCCUCCUCGCACCUUCUCAACAUAUUCUCACGAAAUUCAACCCGUUGUGCAUAGUCACUUGGAAACAAUUCUUGUUCUUUUUGUACAUGGUAAAGAGGCAUGUUCUCCAAGCGUAGUAUUGUGUGCCCUGAAGUAUGGGAUAUGUUUCUGCUUCGGGCAAUGGCUCUGGUGCUUAUAGAGUGAUCUCUUUCGGCUGCUUCUAUUAUACAUAUCUUCUAUUUCUUCUGGGCGUAUCCUCGGCGCUCCUAGCUAACGAUUAGUGCCUAGUAUGCGGCCCUCCGUAUACGCAUUAUGGACGCAUGGACAGGUAGUCUGGAUAUACCGCCGGUUAUGGACCACCUCUUCUAACCACAUACGCCCAAUACAUGCGAGCAGCUGCUCGAGCAUUUCCUAGGGCAGCGCCAUAAUAGUAAUGCAUUUCUGCAUAAUCUCGCGGAAACUAUGACAUGAUUCUACUCAGAUGACAAACGUUAGAUACAAAUUCCACGCUGCACCAUUGCCUGACUUAGUAAUUUCGGUCGCACCGAAGAUUGAACGCUCCCGCACCUGGAAUGCCCAAGCUCAUUAAGUUGAUUUGACUAUUUACGUAAAAAAUCUGCCAUUUUUAUUUUACAAAAUGUUUUUUUUUGCACUAGGACAUUGCGUCCCAUUAGCCAGAUCCAAUCUUGUAUGUACGUAUAUCUCUAAUUUUGGACAAACACACAACAUCCAUGGCUUCGAAAUGUGAUUUCCGAAGGCGAGAUCCGAACUCGCGGCCCGGCCGGCCGGCUGAUCAGUAGCACGACACUCUGACCCACCCGGCCAACCGAGGUCCCUUACAAAAUGUUAAGACACACAGUAUCUCUCGCACUGCUAGUACGAAUCUAACAGUACCUCAUAUGUCAAAAUCCAUCAAGUCGUUUGGACCGUAGCUCGUAAAAUAGAAUUUCUUGUUUACAUGUAUAGAUACCCACUUGCGUCAAACAUACAGAUUUUUUAAGGUGAGGCACUUAUCGUAGCAAGCUGAAAUGUUCAGGGUUUAUUCUACAUGGAUUGAAAUAGUUUUUACAAUAAAAUUAAUAAUAAACUGCAACCUCAAUGUUUUUACCGCCCUCCAAAGUUGAUGGAUGGGAGAGAUUUUUCACAAAAAAAUUAAUUUAAUUUUUUUUUGCGUUGAUUCCUAAUAAGCUCUGUUAAAACGUGACAUAACCAUUGCUAAAACUAACCAUUCAGCUGAUCUCAGCCCUACACCUAAUGGUUUAGUUGUAAUUGCAAUUGAAAGUUCAUUUUCCCGUUUUUUUUUUCUCUCGAAAUUUCACAAAUAUGAGGUUCAUUCGAUAGGUUUUGAGGCCCUCUAUCACCUGACUUCUGUUGAUCCACUACUAACUUCACACCCUGUAUAUUGAUAGUAAAAAAGUUUGAGGAUCACUAUGGAUAAGUUGAUUAAAAAAUUACCAAAAAAACAAAUUACUUUUAUAGGGCUUCUCAUAGUCUUGGUACAUAUUCCAAGAAAUAGUUUAUGGCACAAUUUAUUAUUCUACCGCAUUUACUAUAUUGUUCAUCUUGUUCACUGCCAAUGAAGCUGUAUUCUCAAAAUUACAAGUCCUGCAAAAUAAAGCUAUGAGAAUAAUAUUGAAUAAAAAUUAGUACACCAAAAUAAAAUUUAUGUUACAAGAAUCGCAGUGGUUGAAUAUAAAAAAUUCAUAUAUUUGGUUCUUAUUUUUAUAUUUAAAAUAAAAAAUCAUCGUUUGCCACAAUAUUUAGAACACUACAUAGAAUUGAAUAAUUAUUACCACAAUUAUUAUACAAGAGGAAAUAUAGAUAUUCAUUUACAACAUUGCAAUAGUAAUAUAACUAGCAAAUCAAUAUGUCAGAAAGGAUUUAUUGAAUUUAAUAUAUUUAAUGGACAGUGAAAAUUAUUAGAGAUGCAAAUUUUGUUUUUUUUUUUCUAAAUAUCUGUGUUAUGUAAUUGUUUAGUUUUUUAGAAGAAUGUAAUUAUAGCAAUCAUGCUAAAUAAAUCUUAAACAAACAAACAAUACCUCAAAGACUUUGUUUGGAUCCCAAGAAUGUUAAGGAGCUGGAACGAGCCCCCUGCUAUAAGGAAGGAGCUUGAGGCUUAGGGAAUGUAGGGGUGCAACAGGGCUCGUUUAUGUGGUCUAUGCUCCGGGUCUUCAUGGUGGCCGAUAUGCCUGUAAUUUCUUUAUUCGGUCAAACGUCUAAUGGAGGCUUCUAUACAAUAUGAAAAAUUUCCAGUUCAGCAGGAUUGUUGAUGAAGAAAUCUUCUUUGGUAACUUCUAACAAGGAUUACACUGGUGACCUUGAUGAAUCACGUUAGUCAUUUCAAGGUCACAUUUUUUAACUAGAAGAAUUUUACGUUCUAAUAGGUUCCGAUUUACUAUUAUGACCUUAAAGGUAAGGCUCAAGCUUAAUACUGAAAUCCUUGUUGAAAGUUACUACAGGUCUAACCUUGAUUUGUGUCAUCAAUAAAAAUAAAAGAAAAUUCUAGGAAUGUUCCCUAGCCUCACCAUUGGACCUUUAAAGGUGACCUUGAUCUCGAACUUUAAUACUCAUGUCAGAAUUUUUCAUUCUUCUAAUUGUCGAUGUCAUAAAUCUGUCCAUUUAGAAAAAAAAAAGUCAAUCUUGACAUAACCUAGAACGUAAGGCACAAGGUCUUCAUGAUCAAUGUUAGUUCAGACCUGACCUUGCCCUUUUCAAAAAUAUUUUACUUGGAGUAAUACAGUCACUCCCUUACUUUUUUAUACUCUGUAUAAAUUAUUUUAUUUCACUAAAAGUUUGUUUCCCUAAUUUAAUCAUGCAUUUUAGAGGUGGAAGAGCUUCAAACUAUCACCACUCUCUCUUUGUAACAGCAUGUAUGAAAUAAAAGACAUAUCAUAAA